AAGAAACUCAUUCUGAUUUCUAAUCACUAACGAGCAAAGAACCCUAUAGCUAAAAACUACUAAACCAAUGGCGAUUAUCUCUGAGAUGGAGGAGGCGAGACCCUCGAUGGUGCCGUUUAGUGCAAGUUUCGAUCCUUCAAACCCAUUAGGGUUUUUGGAGAAAGUCCUUGACGUUAUCGGGAAAGAGAGCAACUUCCUGAGGAAAGAAACGGCUGAGAAGGAGAUCGUGGCUGCUGUUAGGGCUGCGAAGGAGAGGUUGAGGGAAGCCGAGAAGAAGAAGUUGGAGAAGGAGAGUGUUAAGCCGACAGAGCCCAUGGAGGUUGAGAAGGCAAAGAAGGAUAGCUUGAAGGCCACGGAUCCCAUGGAGUUGGAGAAGCCGAAGGAGGAGAGCUUGAAGGCGACAGAUCCCAUGGAGGUUGAGAAGCCUAAGAAGGAGAAUGUUCCUAACAAAGGCAAUGGGCUUGAUUUUGAGAAAUACUCAUGGGGACAGAACCUCCAAGAGGUCACAAUUAACAUUCCAGUGCCAGAAGGCACUAAAUCACGGUCUGUUACCUGUGAAAUCAAGAAGAACCGUCUAAAAGUUGGUCUCAAAGGGCAAGAUCUAAUCAUCGAUGGAGAAUUUUUCAAUUCUGUCAAGCCUGACGACUGCUUCUGGAAUAUCGAGGAUCAAAAGAUGAUAUCGGUGCUAUUGACAAAGCAAGACCAGAUGGAGUGGUGGAAAUAUUGCGUGAAGGGAGAACCUGAAAUAGACACUCAGAAAGUUGAACCAGAGACCAGCAAAUUGGGAGAUCUCGACCCUGAAACUCGCGCAUCCGUUGAGAAGAUGAUGUUUGAUCAAAGGCAAAAGCAGAUGGGACUCCCAACAAGUGAUGAGAUAGAGAAGAAAGAUAUGCUCAAGAAGUUCAUGGCUCAGAAUCCUGGGAUGGACUUCUCUAACGCAAUGUUUAACUCUUAAGCCAAUUUUGUGUUCAAUAUAAUCUUGUUAUGGCUUCAAGAUGAUAAUCCUGCCCUUUUGGUUUCUUUCAAGACAGUUGUUGAUUCGUUAACUUCAUCUGUUUUUUUUUUUUUGCUUAAUGAUGUGUUCAUUUUAAGUGAAUGACUAUGAAUCUGAUUCUUUUGUCGUUCAAACCCUUCUAUUCCUUGCUGAUCUCUCUCUCUUUUUUCCCUUACUUAUAUCUACAUUAAUAUAUUGGACCAAAUCAU